UCCUGCAUUUUCCAUUCUGUGGUUAGAGCACUCAAAGGGUUCCAUUAAGUCAUCAAGUUUUACAGGUUCCUUUAAAAAAAAAAAAAAAGCGGGGGGGAGAGCGAGAGAAAAGUUUGGUCAUGGUAAAAAAUGAGUGAUCAAAGCUGAGCCAAAGCUUCCUGUUACACCGGGACUAUAUAUAUAUCGUGUCUUUAAUGUUGGGGGAUGUAAGCAGGCUGCUAGGAGGCUGGAGCGGGAGCUGACACUCUGCCUGAUUUCCCAGCUCGCUGAGGUUUCUUCCACCGACCACAAUGAACAAGUUCCUGUGCUGCACGCUUGUGCUUUUGGACAUUUCUGUUCAGUGGACUAUCCAGGAUGGCUCUCCCCCCAAGUAUACCCAUUACGACCCAGGGACAUCUCGGCAGCUGCUGUGUGACCAGUGUCCUCCUGGAAGCUAUGUCAAGCAGCACUGUACAGCCAGCAGCCCGACGCAGUGCGCCCCAUGUCCGGAUCAGUACUACGCCGAAGAGUGGAACAGCAACGACGAGUGCCAGUACUGCAGCACCGUCUGCAAGGAGCUGCAGUUCGUCAAGCAGGAGUGCAGCAGCACGCAGAACCGCGUCUGCGAGUGCGUCCAAGGCAGAUACCUGGAGCUUGAGUUCUGUUUAAAGCACACGGAGUGUCCCCCUGGAUUCGGCGUGGCACAGCCAGGUACCCCUGAGAGUGACACUAUAUGUGAGAGAUGUCCAGAGGGCUUUUUCUCAAACGAGACAUCAUCAAAAGCGGCCUGCCUAAAGCACAGGAACUGUAGCGCACUGGGUUUCAAAAUAGCUUUGAAGGGAAAUGCAGUUCAUGACAACAUCUGUCAGGAAAAUACAGACGCAGAUUUUCCUCAGAAGUGUGGAAUAGAUGUAACCCUGUGUGAGGAGGCUUUGUUCAGGUUUGCUGUUCCUACCCAGCUCACACCUAACUGGCUGAACAUACUAGCAGACAGCUUGCCUGGGACAAAGGUUAGCACAGAGAAUCUCGAGAGGAUUAAAAAACGGCACACUUCUCAAGAGCAGACCUUCCAGCUUUUGAAAUUAUGGAAGCAGCAAAACAAGGAGCAGGACAUGGGCAAAAAGAUUAUUCAAGAGCUUGAUCUUUGUGAAAAGAGUGUCUUAAAGCAUAUUGGCCACCUGAACCUUACCUUUGAACAUCUCAACACACUGAUGGCAAGCUUGCCAGGCAAGAAAGUAGGAAAAGAAGAUGUUGAGCACACAAUGAAACUAUGUCAGCCUGCAGAGCAAGUUCUGAAGCUACUCAGUCUGUGGAGAAUAAAGAACGGUGACCAAGACACCAUUAAAGGUUUAACGUACGGACUGAAGCACUUGAAAACCUACCACGUUCCCAAACGAACCAUCCAGAGCCUGAAGAAGGUGAUUAAGUUCCUUCACAGAUUUGCCAUGUAUAGAUUACACCAGAAGCACCUUUCAGAAAUGAUAGGGAACCACAAGAAAUCGGCGAAAGUAAGACGUGUCUAACUCAAGAUAUCUUUCAUUCUCCACUGACUAUUUCCCCUUAAUUACUGCCAGCAGUAAUUAAACUGGAACCUUAUUUCCCUGCAUUAUGUCUUACUAUUUAUAGAAAUGCCUGACUGGAAUAGUUCUAAGCCUUUUGCAGUGUUUUGGGAGUUUUGAGUUGGGUUUUUUUUUGUUCACCAAAAGCAACUUCUGUCAAAGCUGUUAACUUGUUGAUAACACUAAGAGCCUGAUUCUGCAUUUUUGCACAUUCAGAGUUGAAAAGCCCCACUAUAGGUAGCAGAUGAGAGGAGAACACCAGACCAGGCUCCACUACAGUAUUUGCUAUUUAUAUUCUUUGAGGAAUAAACAUUUUGUUGUUGUUGUUGUUGUACAUAUUUAUUAAGUUAAAUGGGAAUUGUGUGAGACUGAAUUUUAGGAAGAGAAAUGAAAAGCACACUGUAGAUUUUUCUAGUUAAACAGAAAUGAUCCCCUAUAUUUUUUUCUGGCAGAAUUUUAUAGCAUGCUCUAAGAGUUAUUAAUUUCUUUACAUUUUGUAUUUAAAGAAGUGCUAUUGCUUAGUUUUAUUUGUAUAAGUUGUGGUAUCUUUUGCUAGAGAAGUUUUAAUUUAUCUAAUGGUUUUUAACUCAAAUACGGUGAAAAAUACAGUGUAAGUGACCUGAAUAUUUAAAUAUUCUGUGAGGAAGUGAAUGUACCAUAUUUAAGAAGCUGGAUUUUUAUAUAGAGAAUUCCAUAACCUUAUUUUAUAAAACAAUUGAAUUUUUCAGUUUACUUUUUGACUGGUGUUUUACUCUUUUUACUCUGAAGCAGGAACUAAUAAUAAAGACAAGACCGUGUGUAUUUUAUGCUUUAUCAUGGACUUGGCCUCUCUUGCUGCACCUUGUCUGGUCUAAUAGUUACUAUGUGAGCCAUGUAAAUAUUGACUAGCACUGGAUUUUCAUGGUCACUGUACAGGUGUAGGAGAAGGUAAAAGAUAUCAAAGGUUCUAGUGCAGAGCGCUCAAGCGGUCGCAAUGCAACUGGCCACAACUCCAUAGAUGCAUUUGGCCCAGCAUCACUCUUGGCCCAGUGUCAUUCUUGGAGAGCUCACAACCUUUGCCCUAACCACAGCUUGUAAUUUCAUGGAGGAAAGAUGAUGCACAGCCCCGAUGGGCUUGGAAAGCUUCACAUAUUGCCACUAUGUUUAAAGGAAGGGAGCAUGGAGAGGGCACCUUAGGAAAAAAACCAAAACCAGAACCAAACCACCACGGUACCAUCGCCCUCAGCUACAGAAUGAGGCACUGAGAGAGAUGAGUCCCCGAAAAAGGGAGCAGGGCACGUCAGAGUGUUGUUACCUAAAGCCCAUGUAAUUUCAAGGACCAGUGAUCAUUCAUAGUGCGAGCCAAAGGCUCCGGUGGCUGCAGAGAGAGGCUGUCCUCUUGUUUGUCUCUUUAAACUGUGCAAAUAGCACUUGAGAAGUCAACAUAUUCUUUUUCCUUAAGCAAAGCAAGGAAAAACCCUCAACAUUUAGCCUUGUAUGACAAGUACUCCUCUAUUACAGAUGAGAGAGUUUGAAGCAAAGACUGAAAAAGAGAUUCCUGGUAGGUGCUCCUCAGAAGUGCUGUCCUUACAGAAAGCACAAAUGAGAUGCAUGCCUUUAAAAUACUGUGUUUCAUUUUGCACUGGAUUUCUACAUCACUUUUAUGUUUCACAUGUUAUAAACAUGCUAUUAAGCAGCUCAUUUACUAGUGUAGCUGAGAAGUGAUGUUGGACACAGAAAAUAAUCUUGUCUUUGAUUCCUUUGAAAUAAUGUAUGGACCUUUACAACAGAAACUGCUUUUGCAUGCAACUAGAAAAUGGUAACCAACAGUCUUAUAUUUGCAAAACAGAAGCCAGAUGUUUCCAUGACUUUGCCAUGUGUGGAGGUCUGGGGACCUGGAGGUAUUAAAAUGAGAAUGAUUGUCUUACUGGCAGCAGAAUAAACCCUUCCAUCCUGA